CGACGGACCGAGGGACCGCCGGCGCCAUGUUCGCGGGGCUGCAGGAGCUGGGGGUGGCCAACGGCGAGGACCUGAAGGAGACGCUGACCAACUGCACGGAGCCGCUCAAGGCCAUCGAGCAGUUCCAGACAGAAAAUGGAGUCCUGCUGCCAUCCCUGCAGUCGGCACUGCCGUUCCUGGACUUGCACGGGACGCCGCGCCUGGAGUUCCACCAGUCUGUGUUUGAUGAGCUGAGGGAGAAGCUGCUGGAGAGGGUUUCAGCCAUUGCCUCGGAAGGAAAGGUUGAGGAAAGAUACAAGAAGCUGGAAGAUCUUCUAGAGAAAAGCUUUUCCUUGGUCAAGAUGCCAUCCAUACAGCCUGUGGUGAUGUGUGUCAUGAAACACCUUCCUAAGGUCCCUGAAAAGAAGCUGAAGUUAGUGAUGGCAGAUAAGGAUUUGUACAAAGCCUGUGCUGUGGAGGUGAAGCGCCAGAUCUGGCAGGAUAACCAGGCCCUAUUUGGUGAUGAAGUGUCCCCAUUGCUGAAGCAGUACAUCUUGGAGAAAGAGAACAUUCUGUUCAGUAGUGAUAUUUCUGUGUUGCACAACUUCUUUAGUCCAUCUCCCAAAACAAGACGUCAGGGAGAGGUGGUUCAGAAACUGACACAGAUGAUUGGGAAGAAUGUGAAGCUCUAUGACAUGGUGUUACAGUUCCUAAGAACUUUGUUUCUUCGGACGAGGAACGUCCAUUACUGCACGCUGCGGGCAGAGCUACUGAUGUCAUUGCAUGAUCUGGACAUUAGUGAGAUCUGCACUGUCGACCCUUGCCACAAGUUCACCUGGUGCCUAGAUGCCUGUAUUCGGGAGAAGUUUGUGGACAACAAGAGAGCUCGGGAAUUGCAAGGUUUUCUGGAUGGGGUGAAAAAAGGACAAGAACAAGUAUUGGGGGAUUUAUCCAUGAUCUUGUGUGAUCCCUUUGCCAUUAACACCUUGGCUCUGAGUACUAUAAGAAACCUACAGGAGCUAGUUGGGCAAGACACCUUACCCAGGGAAAGCCCAGACUUGCUGCUGCUGCUGAGGAUGCUGUCUCUGGGACAAGGAGCUUGGGAUAUGAUCGAUAGUCAAGUCUUCAGAGAGCCUAAAAUGGAACCUGAACUGAUCACCAGAUUCUUGCCAAUGCUGAUGUCCUUUGUGGUGGAAGAUCACACGUUCACUGUAGAUCAGAAACUGCCAUCAGAAGAGAAGGGACCAAUACCCUACCCCAGCACUAUUCCUGAAGCUUUCACCAAAUUUUUACAGGAGAACAGAAUAGCCUGUGAAAUUGGGCUCUAUUAUGUUCUUCACAUCACUAAGCAGAGGAACAAGAAUGCUUUUCUUAGGCUUCUGCCAGCUCUAAUUGAGACAUUCAGUGACCUGGCCUUCAGUGAUAUUUUCUUGCACCUGCUCACCGGUAACCUCACAUUGCUGGCUGAUGAAUUUGCACUGGAGGAGUUCUGUACCAGUCUCUUUGAUGGCUUCUUUCUCACUGCCUGCUCAAGAAAGGAGAACGUACAUAGACAUGUGCUAAGAUUGCUACUUCACCUGCAUCACAAAAUGGCACCUACCAAAUUGGAGUUGCUCCAGAAGUCUUUGGAACCUACUAAGCAGACUAGCGAGGCUGUGAAGGAUCUUUACAACCAGCUCAAUGAAAAACUGGAGCUUCGCAAGCCCAGCCCAGCCCAGGUGGCUGAGACGCCUUCCAUGGACCUGCCCUUACCCACUGUGCCCACCCCAGCCUCUCUCUGAGCCAAACCUACAGUGCACUGGUGUGAUUUCUUUGAUAUAGAAGAACUAGCCUUGGCAGCCUGUAUGGUGAAGCAGUUUCAGUGCACUGUUAAGUGUCUCUGUCUACAGGGAUGGAAACUAAUCAAGACUCACUUAAACCUUUCUGAGGUGCGACCAGCAGUCACUGCAGUUUGCUUUUGAUUGUUGGCUAUGGCUGGGUUGCAAACUCAGUCUGUGGCAUAUUGCAAGGAUUUCUUGUAGAUCCACUUAACUCUUAACUGUGUGUAUUUUUUCAAAAGAAAUAGGUUUAUUUUUAAGCUUGAUAUGUUAUUGCAGUUUUAGAUGUAACAAUUUUAUGAGGUGAUAAAUAUAAAAACUCAAUUCAUUUAAUCAGACA